ACAAAGAAGACCAUAACCCAGUCAACCAACUCCAUUGUAUUCUUUCUUACCUCAACUCCUCCUAGGAUAUCGCCCAUAUAGACGUUUCCAUCAUCUUGAAUUUUAGCAUCCAAAGUCAGUCGUCUAGCUUUUCUCCCAUUGUUGAGAGUGGAGGACUGGAGGCGUUAAUCCAUAGAUAUCUUCUUUGAGUACUAGUGACAGUCCAGUACUCCAAUCUGAUCCUGAAUAUAUUGUAACUGAAAAUGUUUGGUCAUAAGAAGUCCCCUUUGCAUGGGAAUUCUAAGAGCCACUCCAUCGUUCCUGGAUCUAACUCGACUUCAAACCCUUUUGAUUCUGACGAUGAGUGUGAUAAGAAGCAGAAUGUUAAGCAAUCGAGGACUUCUUCCGAGCCUACUCCUGUUACUCUGAAUACUAGUACUAACCCCUUUGAUGAUGAUGAAGCUAAAGGGAAAUCAUCGUCCUCGUCCUCAUCCACAUACUCCUUUACAACCGAGAGAAACAGGUACAAGAAUGAUUUCAGAGAUUCGGGUGGGUUAGAGAAUCAGUCUGUUCAAGAACUGGAGAACUAUGCUGUCUACAAAGCCGAGGAGACUACAAACGCUGUUAAUGGGUGUCUGAAGAUUGCAGAAGACAUGAGGGAGGAUGCAACUAAGACUUUAGUCACUCUACAUCAUCAGGGCGAGCAAAUUACUAGGACUCAUAUGACUGCAGCUGACAUUGACCAUGAUCUUAGUCGGGGUGAGAAACUUUUGGGAAGUCUCGGAGGCAUAUUUUCGAAGACAUGGAAGCCUAAGAAGACUCGUCCAAUUUCAGGCCCUGUUAUUACAAGAGAUGACCCAGUUCAAAGGAGGGGUAACCAUUUGGAGCAGAGGGAAAAAUUGGGAUUGAAUUCUGCACCCAAGGGGCGGUCAAGCAGCCGAACUCCUCCUCCUGAACCAACUAAUGCACUGCAGAAAGUCGAGGCGGAGAAGGCAAAGCAAGACGAUGGGCUAUCAGAUCUUAGUAAUAUCCUGGGGGAGCUCAAGGGCAUGGCACUUGACAUGGGCGCUGAAAUUGAAAGGCAAAACCAUGCUAUGGAUCAUCUUCAGGAUGACAUUAUAGAGCUCGAUUCCAGAGUUAAAGGGGCUAACCAACGAGGCCGACGUUUGCUUGGAAAGUAGAGCCAUUGUUCGUUCUGGGAUCAAGAUUUCAAAUUACUAGAUUUCCGGGUCGAUAGAUCAUCUUCUUGUUCCACCAUUGUUUGUACUGUGAACCAGCUCUUUCUACAUUAACAGCAUCAAAAUGCCAACUUUAAUUUGUUGAAUCUAUUAUAUUGUUGGUGUUGAAUGUUUGCCACUUUUGCUAUUUCAUUUAUCCAAACAUUUUCUCUCAU